CAAUCUGUACACACUACAUAUAUUAUGUAUAAUGCAUAUUAUGUUACGCUUGCAUUCCUUGGACAGUCGAAGCUCGCGCUCCUAUCCGAUUGUAUGUGUUAAAUGUGUCAAUAAAGUACUUUACGGAUUUCGGUGUUAUUAUUGGUGAGUCCCCUAAAGUGGUGACCCCGAACUGUUUAGUGAAUGCGCGAUAGUGAAUAGUUUUACAAGAUGACGGAAUCGACGGAACAAAGUAGGCCCACGACUUCGGAGUUAGCUGCUAUUACGUUGACUACUAAGAUCCCAGAUUUCUGGACCGAUCACCCGAAGAUAUGGUUCAUACGCACGGAGGCUAUGCUCGCUCCUCAGAAACUCUCUGAUGAAACUAAAUACGACAUCGUGGUAUCGAAACUCAGUAGAGAAGUUAUACAGCAAGUUACGGAUAUCCUUAUCGAUCCUCCGGCUGUAAAAAAAUUUGACACACUCAAAGCGCGUCUCCUGCAAAUUUAUGAGGAAUCUGAAAAUCGACAGCUGCAGAAACUCAUAAGUGAGAUGGAGCUCGGCGAUCAAAAGCCCUCACAGUUGUUACGGCGCAUGAGGGAAUUAGCCAAGGAUAAAAUACCGAACGAGACCCUCAGGCUACUUUGGCAAGGCCAUCUUCCGGGUUCUACGAGAGCGGUUUUAGCCGUGACUGAAACUAAAGAUUUGGAUGCGUUAGCCAGAAUUGCAGACAACGUGCUGGAGUCUUCACGCAGUAUGCACCAGAUUAACGAGGUGGUCCACUCGCCCUCGCCUUCGACGUCCCGGGAUGCGGAUUUAAUUAUGGCUGAAAUAGCUAAAUUAAGCAUGAAGGUCGCCGACCUCGAUAGACGUACACAGGAGCGAUAUUCGCGACCUUGGAAUAGAAACUUCAGGCCAAAUAAUAAUCGCAGUCGAAGCAGAAAUCGUUCAGCUCCACGACGGACACCCGAGGAUCCGGAUUGGCUCUGCAGGUAUCACAAUCGUUUCGGCAGCAGAGCGAGGACUUGUGAGGAGCCUUGCGCAUGGAGAAGGCAGCAGGAAAACUAGAACAGACGCAGUCGGAGGCGGGACUCUGCGUCAUAUCACCCGGACACCGCCUUAGAGUCACGGACAGCAACAGCGGGUUGAGUUUUUUAGUCGACACCGGGGCGAAUAUCUCGGUCCUUCCAGUGAAUAAGAAAUACAGCAACCGUGAGUGUAGUGAUUAUAAACUGUUUGCCGCCAACGGUUCGCAGAUUAAAACGUAUGGACAAAAAACUCUUAUUCUGAAUCUUAAAUUACGUAGACCUUAUCGAUGGGAUUUCGUGAUCGCGGAUGUAAAGCAACCCAUUCUGGGAGCUGAUUUUUUGGGUUAUCAUAAGCUCGUAGUGGAUGUCGGAGCACGAAAACUCAUCGAUCAGGUAACCGAUUUAAAUAUUGUCGCCCCCCUUACUUUAAUGCAUGAACCCUCUGUGUCUUCUAUUAAUCUCGAUCAUCCUUAUCGAGAAUUACUGUCUAAGUAUCCUAAUAUUACUAAGCCGAUGUCAUUCACGGAAACCUCGCCGAGUACUGUCCA